GUAUUCAGUAGGUUAUCGACAUUCGUUGUUUACGUUUAGUUUUUUGAAAAUUUUGAAUUUACUCGUUUCAUUUAAUAAUAUUAUAGUAAAUGCUUAAUGUUUCGUUCUAACUAAAAUUGUCGAAUCAUAAGAACCUAAAACCCGUAAAACGUCUCAGUAAUCUCUCGCAUGCUCCGACCACGACGACUAUGGGAAAAGAACACAAAAAGCACAAAAAACACAAACAUUCAAAGAGUAAACACAAAUCGAAAGAUGAUCAUGAAUAUCAUGUUCCGAUCGUUCCGCUUAAGAGCGACGUACGUCCGAAAUCUGCAUCGACCGCGGACGAGCCGACGAAAGAUACCGCUUCAGUCAAACCCAUCGGACCGAUUCUGCCAUCUGGUCUGUCGGGCACCGUUGGUGGCAAACACGACGAGACCGCUGCACCAGGUGAAUCUAACCACUCGUACGGACCCAGCUUACCACCGCAUCUGGUGCCGCAGAAACGCGCUCCCGGACCGUCGUUGCCUUUAGAUUUUAAAAUAGAGGAGAGUGUAGUCGCCCAGCAGAUCGACGAUGACAUUUCGGGUUUUGGUCCAUUGCCGGCCGAGCUGAUAACUUCCGAUUCCGAACAGCUGUUCAUACAGAAGCAAUUAGAAUUGCGAGCCGAGUAUAUGAAGCGAAAAUUUGCUGGAGAAGUAUAUGAUGAUGUCAAACAAGAAACAGUUCGAGAAAAAUGGAUGUUGGAGCUACCACCGGAAAAAGCCGCCAAUCUAGGUUUAGGGGCAAGGCAGUUCAGGAAACGAGAGGCUCCCGACAUGAGUAACCGAUCAGAAUGGACUGACACUCCGUCAGAUAAAGAACGUAAAGUCCAAGAACCAAAAACUGCUGAUGAAACUGAUAUGGAAGCAUUAAAAAUGAUCGCCAUUCAAAAACGCGAUGAGCAAAUGGAAAAACUGGCGGAAACCUCAGUAAAACGGAAACCCUAUUCAUUAUUAGAAAUGCACCAAGAAAAACUAAAAAAACAAAAAAAGGAAAAAAUUAAAGAAGGACCAGUAGAAAGAAGACCUUUUAGUAGGGAAAUUGAUCUGCAAUGUAACAAAUUUGAUGAUGCUCAGAAACAAUCAAUAUUAAAAAAAGCCAGUCAGCUGAAUAAUAGAUUUUCUCAAGGUGAAUCUAGGUUUCUUUGAAUUAAACUGUUUAAUUAUGACUUGUUGGUAACAGCCCGUCAUUAACAUCUAGGUAUGUUUAUUUAGUGUACGUAUGAUUUUCUUGACUGAACUUUAAUACAAAAUAUAUUCACACAUAAUUUGAA